AUGAACAGGAAUACUAACUCUGCUGAAAGACGGGCAAACCACAAUGCUGUCGAAAGAGCACGACGGGAAUGCUUGAACACCAAAUUUCAAGAGCUUGCCCAUGCACUACCUUCCUUAGCGCAAGUUCGUAGACCUUCAAAGUCAAUAAUUGUGCAGAAAUCAUUAGAUUUUAUUUAUACAUCUCGCCAGAAAGAUGAUCUGCACGAUAAAGAGAUGCGAAGCAUUCGAAGUGAAAACGAAACGCUACGUGAAGAGGUCAACAGACUAAGAGAAAAAUUAGGCCUAGAACCUCUACCACCGCGUGAGGAGUCUAAGCCAAUACUUCAACAAAUUGAUGAAGUUAAAGAGGGCGCCAACACCAACACAAAAUCAAACACGCCAGAAAUAAAAAGUGAAGCUGAUAAUAAUCCCACCACCACCAAUGCGCAGGAGUCGGCAAGUUCCGUUACAAAUAUUAAAUUAGAAGAUUCACGUUCUGACGAUGAUUGUAGUAACGGGAACACCGAUGAUGAUUACGAUUUGGACCAAUCAGAUCUGACAGAUGGCAAGAGUACUGAGGACAAUCAAUUAAUUGAAAACCAACCAUGUUUAUAUGACCCUAUAAUGUAUAAUCCGCAAUUGUUAGAUCCAAAUUUGAACCAUCACACUGAUUAUUCAACGACAGGAUUUGGAUUCCCUAUGGAUAUGACAUCAAUAGAUCACAACAUGUAUUUUGAUCAUGAUCAAUUAAUAACAAAUGAUAUUAAUCCAUUUUGCAAUCCAUUUCACCAAAAAUUUUAUCCAUCUCCACCAUACGAAGAAACAACACCAGCGGCGACAAUGCUAGACCUUACUGGGCAGAUACCGGGCUUUCCCAUGAAUACCGAAAGCUCACAUGUAGAUUUUCAUUCAUAA